AUGGUAGAACCCUCGUUGUCGACCGAUGUAUCAGAAAUCGACUCAAUAAUUACAAGAGUUUUGAAGAAUUUAAAAACAGUGGAUGCUAUUAAUUUGAAAUUGGCAGAUAAUACAUUACCUCAAAUAAAAGCAAACGUUGAUAAAAACUCUAACGUGCGACACGAACAAAGCUCCAGUACCUUUCCAUUUGGAACGAACAGAAUUAAGACUGAAAUAUUAGAUAUUACAAAGAACGAAACCGAAACCAAUUGUACGAAUACUCUUUUAAUAAAAACAAAUCAACAGCAUGUUUUUACUAUGGCAGAUGAAUUAGAUAUAGAAGAAGAAAAUGCUGUUGAAUAUAACAAAAAAAAUAUUCCUUCUGCUAGCGGAUCAAUAGAAUAUGAAAGCGAACCAAAAUCCGUAGUACAGAGUGAUAAAUUUCAGUUGGCUGAAGGUGUUUUUAUCAAUAAGUGUGCGUUGAAAAAUUGCGAUUAUAGCGGCGUAAAAAAUUAACAAAUGACUUGUUGUUACAUAUUUUUGGUUCCGAAACAUUAUAUUAGCUGCUAGCAGUCUUACUGGUAAACUACCAAAUUUAUGUUCUAAAUUACCUGAAGAGCAUAAGCCUAAGGUGAAACUAAUGCUAGAUCCUCACAAACUGAAUGCUUGU